UCAAGCUUCGUGAUUUCCCAGGUGGCUGUGAAGUUCUCGAUUGGCCGAUAUGAAGACCAGGUUCUGUGUGAUGUGUUAUACAAUCUGCCCAACCAUAUCGUGUUGGGGUAGCCUUGGUUUCAAAAUCGACAGGUCGAAUUUGUUAGCAUAAGAAGAAUUCAGACUUCGGAAACAAAACAAAACGUUUGUUUUGAUUCCUUUGUUGCAGGAACAAGCUGCUGAAAAUUUGAAGAUGGUCAAACGACCACGGGAGGAGUAUCAAACGGCCUUGUUGACGACACCGUUGACGUUGAGGAGAAAUCCAUCAAGGACUCAAACCCACUGUAAAGACCCUUAUUUUUUGCCGCUGGAGCCCAAUGCAUCCGAGACGAGUGUCGACACCCCAAGAGUGAUUUUGACAGAAGGAAUCAAGUCGAAACGAAGACUUCGAUUCAGGCCGAGCGCCCCUGUUUUCCGACGGCAACGCAGGGGAAGAAAAAGGGUGAAUCAGGUGGAGCAUAUGGGGGCCAACCUAGGUCGAGCUAGAGACCUCUAUAUAGUCAGUGAGAUGGCGAGAACGUGUCGUGCUGGUCAAUUGGAGUUGAAGGGGUAGAGGCGAAAAACGCCAAAUUCAGAAAUUUCGUUCCAAAACGUGAAUCAAAACCAGACCAAGAAGGUUGAAUCAAUUGGAGCGAUUGGGCGCGAAAUGAAGCUAUUGGAGACUAUUGACAGGCUUAGAGAGGUCCAAGAAAGGUGUAGAAAAAAUCCAUUCGUUUCGGCGAUGUCAUAAUAAAAAAUGUUUAAUUUGUGUUUGGACUCGACAAAUUCUGGGUUUCCUUCGCCGAAAGUGGAAUUUUCAAAACUUACGAGGGCGGGGAAGUCAGGGAUGUCAAUUGGAAUCGAUCCGAGCAGAAUCAAAGCUUAAAAAUUGUUGGAAUCGGUUGUUGGACUCAAGGAGAGCACGUUGGAAGCCUUGAAUUGGAUCGAGAUGGUCAUGAAAAGAAAGCCCCAAUUUUGACGAAGUCGCCGGAUUCCUUGACGUCGCCAGAAUUUGGAAAAUUUUCGCCGGAGUUCGAAAAUGUGCGCGAUCUGAUAUUGGGUCCAAAUUUUUUUGAUGAUUGUGUGACACGCGAGCCUUGGAGUCCCACGACGCGGCUGAAGCUGACUGAAGAAGGAUUUGAAAAUUCAAAUUUUAUGUCGAAAAUGGUGUUUGAGCAACAUUAUUUCGAUCCAAUUUGGGAUCAAUUUUAUGACGAUUUUGACAAGAAGAAGCAUCAAGUUUUGAGGUCAAAGCUUUUUGAAGAGAGGGAGCCUGAUAUGAUCCCAAAUAGCCAACUCUACAUGUUUAAAUUACUUAAUGAAGAAGCUAUCGAAGUUGGGAAGAAGAAGGGCAGAAUUUGGUUAAGUGUUGGAAAAGUUUCAGGUAUCCUACUUUGGAGGCUUAGUUCUCUCAAUUGCCUCAAUGAAAAUUUGAUUAUAAU